CGAGCCCAUGAUUCGUUGCCAUGAAACUGAUGUCAACGAUUUGACUGACUCCAUCCACGACUACACUACUGCCAUUCGACCAUCUUAUCCACCUUCUAUCGAUCGUCUCUCCCAUCGAUCGCUGUUUAGAGCCUCAACAUCACCAUCAACGAGCGACCAAAUAGCAUCAAAUAGUGGGCGACGAACGAUACAAUGGCGUCCUCCCAGUUCAGCCUGCCGCCUUCCCUCGAGGCGAGCCGUAUAGCAGGCCUGCCGCCCUCGGCUUAUUACAUUGCGGAUUUCAUCAGUGAAGAGGAGGAACAGAAGAUUCUUGAAAAGGUUGAGAGGGCUCCUAAAGCAAGAUGGCGUCAACUGACCCAUCGCCGACUUCAAACAUGGCCUUCGGAUCUGGUUAAAAAUACCCUCUUAGAUGGCCAACCAUUACCAGCUUGGCUAGAAGAACCGAUCAUCUCGCGUUUGCUCUCCGUCCCAGUUUUGCCGUCCUCAUCCGAUAGCAGUGGCGAUGAGAAAGAGAAGCAGCAGCAGCAGCACAUCUUCGCGGAUAGCCCCCACGGCCGGCCUAACCACGUCCUUAUUAACGAAUACCCUCCUAACACGGGCAUUAUGCCGCACAAGGACGGAGCGGCAUACCACCCCGUGGUUUGCACAGUGAGCCUUGGAUCGAGUCUGUGCCUCAACCUCUACAAGGCCAAAGAAGACGGGGCCCUUGAUUCGGAGCCCGUGUGGAGAAUUCUCCAAGAGCCGCGCAGCUUGUUAAUUACCACCGCGGACCUGUACACUGAAUACCUUCAUGGCAUUGACCCUCUUUCGGCCGACGUGAACAUGUCGGAGCGGACCAUUGCAAACUGGAGUCUUCUCCGCGAGCCGUCGCUGUACCAAAACGGGGAAAACCAGAGGGGAGUCCGGGUCAGCCUCACGUAUCGCGAUGUUCUGAAAGUCUCCAAGCUGGGGAGCAAGCUGGGUCCUAUGUUUAACCGUCGUCCGUGAGUUCGAACAGACAAACGAAGAAGCAGAGGAGAAGAAUCACAAAAUGAAGGGUAUCAUGUCCCAUUUUGUUUCUACCGCCUUGCUCCCAAACUUCUCGGCGUACCACUUCCGCGUACCCGCUGCCGUCACCCCGAGGUUGACCACGACAAACACCAAAGCGCACAAGAGCGUCUUGUUAAGCAGCUCUCCCUGGGGAGCGGCAACGAUCGCGAGUGAAAGGUAGACCAGACAUUCGCAGAAGUAGUGAGGACAGAUCAGGUAGCGGAACAGGCCCAGAUCAGGAAGGGAGUACUUCUUCAACCCGGCGAGGUGCCUGUGACAUCUGUACUGGUUGACUGAAGCGUAGAGGAACAUGAAGGUUCCAACCAACGACUUGAAAGAUGGCAUGGUAUAAUCGAUUGCUCCUGUGGAUUGGUACUCCAGUAUGGCCCCUAGACACAUUUAAUGUUAACACACCAAAAAACAACAGCACAACAACUCUACUCCAGGAACACCUUACCAGAUCCCUCAACCCAAACAGCCACGCUGGUAAACAGAUAAUAACUGAGCCCCAAAACCCAAUGCAC